AUGGCCACCUCUGGACGCCUCAGCUUCACCGUGCGCAGGCUCCUGGAUUUACCGGAGCAGGAUGCGCAGCACCUGCGGAGGAGGGAGCCGGAGCUACGCGCCCCUGCGCCCGGCCCCUGCGCCACCUGGCUGGAAUCCGAGCGCGGCCACUACCCUUCCUCGGACGAGAGCAGCCCAGAGGCCAGCCCGAGGGACUCGUCGCAGCGGCCGUCCGCUCGGCCUGCGUCUCCGGGCUCGGACGCCGAGAAGAGGAAGAAGCGGCGGGUGCUGUUCUCCAAGGCGCAGACGCUGGAGUUGGAGCGGCGCUUCCGGCAGCAGCGCUACCUGUCGGCGCCCGAGCGCGAGCAGCUGGCGCGCCUGCUGCGCCUCACGCCCACACAGGUCAAAAUCUGGUUCCAGAACCACCGCUACAAGCUGAAGCGCGCGCGCGCGCCGGGAGUGGCCGAGGCGCCCGACCUGGCGGCGGCUGCCGAGGUGCGCGCCGCGCCCGGCCUGCUGCGCCGCGUGGUGGUGCCCGUGCUGGUGCGCGACGGGCAGCCGUGCGGCGGCAGCGCCCAGGGCGGCACGGCCGCCGCCCGGGACAAGAGCGCGGCGCCGCCAGCCGCCGCCUGCCCUGUGCCAGGCUACGCCGCCUUCGGGCCUGGCUCGGCUUUCGGCCUCUUCCCCGCCUACCAGCACUUAGCGCCCCCCGCCCUGGUCUCCUGGAACUGGUGA